AGAGCCUGCGAGUUCCUGUCUGUUUUCAUCCCGGAUUCUCCCCAUUGGCCUAAGCUGGGUAUGGGGCGCCCGGUGAUGCUGACAUUAGAGGACAAAGACAUGAAGGGGUUCACCUGGGCCAUAGCCCCUGCCUUGACCUCCCUGGGCUACCUGCUUAUACUGCUGGUCUCCAUCUUCCCCUUCUGGGUUCGUCUGGUGAACGAGGAGUCCCAGGAAGUGUUUUUCAGUGGCCUGUUUGAGAACUGCUUCCAUAUCAAGUGCUGGAAGCCUCGACCCUUACCUGUUUACAUCAUCGCGGGCCGUGUUUUCCUGCUGUCCGCCGUCGUCUCGUCUCUCCUCACCACCGUCGUCAUGGUGUCCUUUGCAUCUCGGCUCUUUCCGAGGACCCGGAAGCACAAUCUUGUGUCAGCCUUCAUCAGCUUCCUCACAGGUGCCAUCUGCCUCGUUCAAGAAACAGCCUGCCUUAGCUGUCAUUUGUUGCCCAUUUCCCAGAGUACCGAGGAGACCCAAGAGAUCUCGCACCUGGAAAAUGUGGAGAGUUUGGGAGGAGAACUGAGCUCCAUACAGAAGGAGACGCUGCUGAAGGAAGAAACAGUUACCUAGACCAAGAUAGUCUGUGCCCUGCCCUUCAUCAAGCUGUGUGAGUGCACACGUGUCGCUGUGUGUGGCUCCCCCGCCUCCACCAGUUUCUACUACUUUAGAUGAGGCUCUUGAGUGUCAAACCCACCCUCCACUUCCCCUACUCAAAGUGAUUCUA